AUGGAGCCGCCUCCCGCCGCCGCCGCCGCCGCCAGCCCGGAGCGCCUCUUCGACUCCCACCGGCUGCCGAGCGACGGGCCGCUGCUGCUGGCGUUGCUGCUCUACGCGCCGGUGGGGCUCUGCCUGCUGCUGGUGCGGCUCUUCGUGGGGCUGCACGUCUUCCUGGUCAGCUGCGCGCUCCCGGACGGCGCCCCGCGCAGGUUCCUGGUGCGCGCCCUGUGCUCCGUGCUGGGCCUCUUCGUGUGGCAGAGCCGCCCGCGCCGCGUCCGUCUCCCGCGGGCCCUGGUGGCCAACCACGUCACGCCCUUCGACCACAACGUCCUGGCCCUGCUGGCCUCCUGCCGCGCGCCCGUGCUGAGUGGCGCCGCCGCGGGCUUCGUCUGCUGGUCCCGCGGGUUCCUGGAGGUAGCCGGCACCGAGAGCCGCGCGGAGCUGCUGGAGUCACUGAAGGGCUACUGCUCACAAGGCGCCAACCCGCCACUGCUGCUCUUCCCCGAGGAAGCGACGACCAACGGCCGGGUGGGCCUGCUGCGUUUCAGCUCCUGGCCCUUCUCCAUUGUGGACACGGUGCAGCCCUUGGCUCUACGGGUCUGGAGGCCCUUCGUGGCUGCGAGCGUGGCUGGUGCUUCCUGGGUCACUGAACUGCUCUGGACUUUCUUCGUUCCUGUCACCGUUUAUCAAGUAAGGUGGCUGCCAUCUGUGUGCAGACAAGCCGAGGAGACCCGGGAAGAGUUUGCCCUGCGAGUUCAAGAGCUUCUAGCUUUGGAGCUGGGCGUGGUGUCUACGUGCCUCACAGCCGCUGACAAAGCAGAGCACCUGAAGCGUCUCCACCACCACCUUCCAGCUUCCCGUCCUCCCCCAGCUCCAAGGCAGCCCUCUGGGGGCCGGCCUCAGGUCUCCCGCAGCGGUGCCUCCAUGGAGGACAUGCACUUGAUAGGCAUGGCCCGGCGCGUCCGAGAAGUUCUACCCCAGGUGCCCAUGGCAGCCAUCCGCAAGGACCUAGCUCAGACUAACUGUGUGGACACCACGAUUGCCAACCUCUUGGAGGGGCGGGCUCCCUUCGUACCAGAGGCAGAGACCGAAGGUUUUGUGGCUGCAGCUCCCUCUUUCUAUGGCGCUCAGGAUCCUUCCACCUCCCGAACGGCCCCGGUCUUUGCCAGAUCUUCAGAAGCCAGACAGCUCUCUCUCCAGGAACGGAAGCAAGCGCUCUGGGACUACGCCAGGAGGAGAUACACAGAGAAAUAUGGAAUAGCCCACGCAGAGGGGAGCUGCUGACCGCGUGUCUUAGCUUGAACUUGUGGCUCGGUGGACCAUGGAUCUUUGUGGGGAUCGCUGCUGUCCUGGGGUGACCGAGGUGGCAGUUCUUGACAAGUGUUGUGUGUGCCAUCCGUGGGCUGCCUCUGCCGGCGGGGAGGCUACAGCUCCAGCCAAACGCAGGCUCGCAGCCUUCCUGAGUUCUCUAUCGCCACACCUGGGCCUGGCAUUGUCGGGCCCAAGAGCCUGCCCAGUGGGGAGGGGG